AUGGACACCCGAAAGAGGAAUGUAGAUAUAGAAAUCGUACAAUCCUGUGGUACACACUAUAAUCAGUGUCAUACACCAGUGGUUACAAAUGACAUACAGCAAAUAAUACCUUUUACAUGGGAACAAUUAAAAGAAGCACAACAUCAAGAUGAAGAAAUUAACAACAUAAUUAAUGACAUCCGCAACCAUAAGAAAUAUUUCAUCCAAGAUAAUAUGUUAAUAAAGAAAGCAUAUCCACCAAUUCCAGUCAUACCUAAAGGACGAAUACGUUCAGAUAUGAUGAAAAUUUAUCAUGAUACACCGGCGAAUGGUGCUCAUUUUGGUCGUGAUCGAACGAUUAAUAAAAUUCAACAACGAUAUUUUUGGCCAGGUAUGAUUUCUGACAUUCGUAAUUUUAUUAAAUCUUGUUUACUUUGUUCACAAAAUAAUCCGCUACGACGAAAACCACCUGGUGCUUUGAAGCCAAUAAAACCUCCAGAUGGUAUACGGCAAUUACUUACAAUGGAUUUUCACGGACCGAUCACACCAACAACGAAGAAUGGAAAUAAAUACAUUAUUUCAUUGACCGAUGUCUUAUCAAAAUUCAUAAUUACAAAAGCAGUCCGUGAUUGCACUGCUACCACUGCAGCACGAUUUUUUAUUUAUGAAGUUAUUCUUAAAUAUGGUACUCCUAAAUGUAUUCUUACUGAUAAUGGUACACAUUUUACAGCUAGAAUGAUGACAGAAUUAUUAAAACAAAUUGGAAUUACACAUUUAUACUCGACACCUUAUCACCCCAUGACAAAUGGACAGAUAGAAAGAUUUAAUGCAACAAUGGAUGCAAAAAUAGCUGCAUUAUCAAAUGAAAAACGAACGAACUGGGAUGAAAAAUUACCAUUCGUUACAUUCAAUUACAACACCACUAUACAUCGCAUAACUACUCAAAUUCCAUUCGGAUUAAUACAUGAUCAUAAGCCAAAUUUUCCCUUUGAUCAACAACAACCAUUAGUUACCUUAUCACAAGAUCCAGAACACAAGACAAAAUGA